GGAGGUGUACAUUUGUGUGCUGACAUGCUGUCUACCUUGCCAGCACAAAGUUCAUCUAAGGAAAAAUUGAAAGUUUUGCUUUUGUCAUCUGAGUGGUGGUCCAGGAAAGGAGGAAUAUCAACACUGAACAGAAAACUUGCCAUUCAGUUAGCUAAUCACCCGUCUGUUGCGGUUACAGUCUUUCUUCCCGAGUGCAGUGAAGAAGAAAAGGAAGAAGCUGUGAGACAUAACAUUAAUAUUGUUAAAGCCAUUAGGCGGGUUGGGUUUGAGGAAAACGUUUGGCUUUGCUUUCCACCUAGUGAUCUCCAGAUUGACUUUGUAAUUGGUCAUGGAGCUGUCCUCGGACCACCAGCCAAACUUAUCAGCGACUAUCGCCAAUGCAACUGGGUCCAAAUCGUUCACACCAUACCAAAAGAACUGGGAAUGUUCAAAACUUAUGGGAAUCCCAUUUUGAAGAGUGAGAUGAAGCACAAAGUUGAAGUCGAACUUUCAGAAAUGGCUGCCUUAGUCGUUGGAGUUGGGCCAAAAUUGAGUGAAGCUUUCCAAAGUUAUCUUGGCUGGAAGAAUCCCGAUGAUGUUGUUACCCUUACCCCUGGAAUUUUCAACGAAUACUCAAACAUAGAACAUGUACCUAUAGAUAAGACAAAACGUCGAGUUUUGGUAUAUGGUCGUGGAGAUGAGGAAGAUUUUGUUCUGAAAGGUUUCGACAUCGCAGCUAAGGCUGUAACCGAUUUAAGUGACACAAUCCUUAUCUUUGCCGGUGCUCGCGAGGAAGACUUUCAACAGGUUACUAAGAGGUUUUUGGAGUGCGGCAUUUCUCCAGAAAACCUGCAAGUAAGAGGUUUCCUUAGUGAUAGAAAGGAGUUGAUCAAAGUAUUUAGUGAAGUGGAUCUUGUCUUAAUGCCCUCAAGAGCUGAAGGCUUUGGACUCACAGGCCUUGAGGCUUUAUCUGCUGGCCUGCCUGUACUCGUGAGUCGGAACACGGGAUUUGGAGAAGCGCUAACCAAGAUUCCAUUCGGCGAUUCUUAUGUGGUCAACUCCAAAGAUGCAACGGUGUGGGCUAAAGCUAUAAAAGAGGUCUUGGGGAAAGUCCACAAAAGGCGAAUUCAGGAAUCUAACUGUCUGCGUACUUGGUACAGGGAAGAGUACGACUGGAAGACCCAAUGCGAGAAACUGGUUGAAAAAUUGUUCAGUGUCUUCCAUGAUAAGCAGGAACAAGAAAUGUCUGGCGUGGAUGUGUAUUCAAACCAAAGACGGAGAAUCUGUCCCAGCCCUCCGCAAGAGAGAAUGGUAAACAAACCUAGCACCCCUUGGCAAGGAGGCAUUGAUAAAGCAUGUUUAUGCCACACGAGGAAACAGCAAAUAGAAGACGAAGCAGAUCCUCGGAAGCAAUUACGGGAAGAGAAAGAAGGACCGCCAGAAAGGUCUGGAGGUGGACAGCGUCAGCAAUGUGUAACUCACCAACACAACCUUCACGUCCAGGAGAUAUAUAUCCGGGAAGAACUUUCUCUCCAAGUAGAAGAAUCUGUUCAGGAAUCAAGAUUGGAGGGUGGACCAACGAUUAUAAAAGCUAAAGCAAACGAAAACAUCACGAGAAACGUGAGUACUAGAGGAAUGCAAUCAGCUGAUUCUACAGGACAAGAGGCACUGACGACAAGGCUGGAGUCUUUUCUUGGUGACUCAAAAGAUCAGUGUGAAAAAACAACCGUCAUGGAAGAAGAGGAAUUGACGCAUUCCAGAAGUUUAAGUUUUCUUACCAAACCGGAAGGAAGAUCAGAGAGAUUGGAAAAUGCAUUUUCACAGAUGCAUCAAAAGUCCCUUGACGAGGCAGGUGCGCGUUGCAAGGAAGAAGAUGGAUCAAAGAAAAGCGAAGCAAUCGUAGAGGAAUGGAAGAAAAGUUUAGAGGAGGAGCAACAGCUGAGAGCAAGGAUGGAAGGGGAAUUAAGGCAAACACAAACUCUAUGUACCGAGAUGGAAGAAACAAUUCAUGAACUUGUGCAAACGUGUCUCGCUUCUCAGUCUGACAAUGAUUUACAAACGUUGAAGGAACAGGAACGAAACAACAAUGAAAACAUUGCACGUGACCUAAAACAGAUGUUACGGGUAGAGCAGGAAGCUAAGACAGAAGCUGAUAACUUGGCAGAAGUGCGGAAAGAAAACACUAACUUGAGAGAGAGAUUUGUUGCUCUUGAACAGAACUAUGUAGCGCAGAUGAUUGCGAAUAGUCAUUUGAACAAUUUGAGAGAGCAGGAAUUGAGAGAAAAGGAAACUCAUAUAGCUGAACUACUGGACGCAUUAGACGAAACGCAACAUGCAAAGCUUUCAAGGGAAAAAGAACUGACCCUUGCAAGGAAACGCUGUGUAAUGCUUGAACAACAACUGGAAAGCGAAAGAUACGUCCCUGUGUCAAGACAAUGGCACCCUCAAGCAGACGACUGGAAAAUUCCACGAGAGCACAUCGUCUUGGGUGAGAUUUUAGGUCAAGGAGGCUGGGGCACCGUAGUAAUGGGAACGUUUCGCGGUUGCCAGGUUGCCGUUAAGCAAAUGCACAAUCUGAUUCUCUCGCCUCACAAUCGUGCAUUGUUUGAACGAGAAAUGAGGAUUGUAUUUCGCUGUCACCAUCCGAACAUUUUGCAGUUUAUUGGUGCCACGUUUGACGAUGGUAGUCCUUUAUUAGUCACUGAAUUACUCGACGCCUCAUUAAGAAAUCUUUUGGAAGAACGACCAUUACCUUUAAAAGAAACAGUUACCAUUGCUCUGGAUGUUGCUAAAGGCUUAAACUACCUUCAUCUUAACACGCCUCUUCCCAUCUUACAUCGAGAUGUCACCAGCACUAAUGUCUUGCUCUGGAAGAGAGAUCAACACUGGAGAGCUAAGCUGGGUGACUUUGGAGCGGCAAAUUUUAUGCGCAAGUGUAUGACUGUUGCACCGGGUGCAUUGUCCUAUUCAGCUCCAGAAACUUUCACCCGUAACCAGACAACGAAGGUUGACGUGUACAGUUUUGGCGUCCUGCUGUGUGAGAUGUGCAUUAGAGAACUUCCGGAUCCCGAAAUACGCCAUGAGCAGAUUCUCAAGGUAUCAAGUAGUGCAGUUCAAGGGCUUAUUCGGCGGUGUGUUUUACGCAAUCCCGAAGAACGCCCCUCAGUGAGGGAUGUCAUUCCGUUUCUUAGCUGGAUUAAAGAAAGGGAUUAACCAGAGGAGUAUGGUAGAAUAGCUAUCGGUUACACCCUGGUAAUGGAAGAAACACUGAUACAACCUAAAAGUUUCACCGAUUGGAGUUCAAAUUUUAGUCUGGGUUUCGUAACUUACCUUAGUGUUAGAGAACUUUAAAAUUCUCAUAAAAGAUUUUCGACAGAGACAAUUGAUAGAAAUACGAAGACAUCAGUAUGUAAAAAUGCAACAGAAUCAGUUGUUCGUAAUUAUAAUUAUGAUGAUAAUUGUUGUGCAUAGGUUACGUUUUUUGACACAGUUUACGCCUAUUGUUAAUUUGUUAUAGCUUAAUUGAAGCAUACGCACGUUCAGACUUUAUAAUGAUGAUGUUUAUGAUGUUGAUGAGUCUUUAGUGGUAGAACCGCUUGACUCUGAGACUUACACACAAGAGAGUUAGUACAGGGACAAAUGAAAUAUUCACAUUUACAUGAAAAAGAGUUUUCUGGAUAAAUGUUUCCUUGAAAUGCAAGCUUUAGGCUUUCAGUCUUGAGCCUUUUAAAAACUAAACUUUUUUAAAAUACUUAAUUUUUUAAGUGUAGGAGGGAGCUUGUACAUAUGUUAAGUCAUGUUGGCAUACAUGUUUUUACUUUUACUCAACACUUGAGGAUAAUUUUUCUGAAUUUGAUGAUUUUGAUUCAUGAUCAAAGGAGGAAUCUAUAUUCAGUUAAAAAAAAAUUAUUAAAACUCUAUAAAAUAGUUACCGAUGAUAUGUGUAUUUUGGCUCGCAGUUUUAUAUGAGUGUAAAUAUCUGCUAUUUGGAUUAAAGUUAUCUUUGAUGAACUGAA